AUGGCUCUUCACAACCCAAACAACUGGCACUGGGUGAAUAAGGAUGUUUCCGCAUGGACAAAAACAUAUCUGCAGGACAAUCUGUCUAAGAUCACUGCUGAGGACAACGGUGUCUCGGCCAAGGUUGAAAAGGUGUUGAGCAUGGAUGGCGACGUAGAUGUCAGCCAACGUAAAGGAAAGGUCAUUACUCUUUAUGAUGUGAAAUUGCAGCUAGAAUACGAAGGUAAGACUAAGGAUGAUGAGACCGUGACCGGCACAAUCAGCAUUCCUGAAGUCGCUCAUGAUACGGAAGAGGAUGAGUUUGUCUUUGAAAUCAGCGCCUACUCGGACUCAUCUUCCAAACAACCUGUAAAAGAUCUUGUCCGGUCUAAGAUCCUUCCUCAAUUACGUACGGCGCUUGCCAAACUUAGCAAAGUCCUGAUUGAGGAGCACGGCAAAGAUAUCCAGCAUGCUCCCGGGUCUAAUCCUUCCAGUGGAUUCGCUACUCCGGCUUACCAUCCACAAAAGUCGCCGACGCCUGCGCCGGCUGCGCCCAAGACGGCCACCACAUCGACUGGCAAGGUCUCUGUUAACACCACGACUGUAACAGCCUCAGAUGAAAUGCGGACCACUGCAGAAGAGCUGUACACCACAUUCACAGACCCGCAACGCAUUGCCGCCUUUACUCGAGGACCUCCCCGUCAAUUUGACGGCGCAAAAGUCGGGGGCAAGUUCUCCAUAUUCGACGGCAACGUGGACGGUGAAUAUGUGACUUUGGAGCCAUCAAAGCGUAUUGUACAGAAGUGGCGUUUGGCUCAAUGGCCGGAAGGACACUAUAGCACGCAGGAAAUUUUCUUUGACCAGAAUGAUGUUGACCGCGUUACGGUUCUGCGAGUCUCCUGGACCGGUGUCCCCAUUGGUCAGGAAGAGGUGGUCCAGCUCCCCCGUCAUCCUUUGCUCGUUCUACCCCUCAAGAUCCCCCCCAUUCCCCUUCCGCCCACUUAA